UCCGGAGGUUCACACUGGUGGACAUUUGGUAGUUUUAGCCAGCACUUGGCACAGGGAUACAUGGAAGUACAACACAAGAGAAGCAUGAGGCGACACUGUGCGAUCAAGCAUGGAAUACUCAAGGAGUUCCUGGCAGAAUUCCUGGGGACAUUUGUCUUGGUUGUAAGUAACAUUUUGUAUUACAAAUGCGUCUUAACUGCAUUUAACAGUGUGUUUGUUUCUAGGCGUCUGAGAGCUGCUCCAGCUCAUACUGAUGAAAUCAUCUCGUGUGUUUGUGACGUCUGCUUUUCUCCUCCACCUCUCGUGUGUCAGUUGUUCGGCUGCGGCUCAGUCGCUCAGACCGUCCUCAGCCGAAACAGCCUGGGCGAACCCCUCACCGUCCACAUCGGCUUCUCCGUGGGGCUGAUGAUGGCGGCGUACGUGGCCGGCGGAGUGUCCGGGGGCCACGUGAACCCUGCCGUGUCCCUGGCCAUGGUGGUUCUGGGCAAACUGAAGAUUUGGAAGUUUCCCUUCUACGUCAUGGCUCAGUUUCUCGGUGCUUUUGCGGGAGCCGCUGCAGUCUUUGGGUUAUACUACGAUGCUUUCAUGGACUUCACCAGUGGGAUUCUGUCAGUGACGGGAAUCAAUGCAACGGGUCACAUUUUUGCUUCCUACCCUGCGAGACACCUGUCAGUCCUCGGCGGCUUAAUUGAUCAGGUGGUGGGCACCGGGAUGCUGGUCCUGUGCAUCUUGGCCAUCAUCGAUGGGGAGAACAUCGGCGCUCCCAAAGGCGUGCAGCCGCUGGCCAUCGGUCUGAUCAUCAUGGCCAUUGGUGUGUCCAUGGGGCUGAACUGCGGUUACCCCCUGAACCCCGCCAGAGACCUGGGACCACGGCUGUUCACCGCUGCAGCCGGGUGGGGGAUGGAGGUCUUCAGCACUGCAAACAACUGGUGGUGGAUCCCUGUGGCGGGGCCCAUGGUGGGGGGGGUGCUGGCGGCCGUCGUCUACUACCUGCUCAUCGAGGUGCACCACCACCGCGAAGCGCCCGAGAAGCCCCGCGAGGAAGAGGAGGAGGAGGAAGAGGAGGACGAGGACGAGGACAGCAGCCUGAAGGACAAAUAUGAGAUGAUCACGAUGAGCUAAAGAGAGAAAAGAGACAUUAACUUUGUUCCAUCUGUAAAGACAGGCCUCCUGUGUCUCCUUUGCAAUUUAAUGUUUUAUGAUUCAUAAACACAUGGAAAUCUCAGUCCUUUGUGCUUCACAUUGUUAUUUUCAUUUAUAUGCUGUAAAUACUGUAUUAUAGAUAUUAGAACCUUUAUUUGGUUUUAUUCAACAAAUGGUAGUGUACUAAUACUUUUACGUUACAGACCGUCUCCUUUUACCUUUAAUAGUGGUUGUGAUGAUAAUCUCUGUAUAUUUAAUUUAUUGACUUUUUUUUGUUCCAACUUAUAGUUGUUUUCUUCUUUUGCAAACCACGACGAAUCCUCCCCCCAUGUUCUUUAUUAGCAUUUGUA